GGAGUCAUCGAGUGUCUGCCACAUUUUAUCGCAUCUUCCAUCAGUGCUGUUAAAAUAUUAAAUAUGCAUUUCAACAGGCAAAAUGUGCGCUAAUUUCUUUUUAUAUAAAAAGUUCUGAACGAUGCAACAGGCAUAAAAACUUAUUUUUUUCUAGUUUCACAAAUUGUUCCAACUUGUGGCAAAACAAUGGCAGGAGCUGAAAUUAAACGACGAACUGCACAUUCUAGAGGAAACCGUCAUGCAAGGCAACAGAAUGGCGCAAUUUUACCAUAACACUUUAGUAACUUUUAUGGUAUUGUUCUUGCUGGUGCCACUAACUUCUCCAAUUCUCGAUAUUGUUCAUCCAAUAAACGGGACUCGAACACGCCAACAACUACUAAGAGUUAAUUAUAUAUUUUUUGACGGUGAUGACUAUUUUUUCUAUAUAUACUUACAAUUAUUUUGUGCGGCAGCUGUUGUUGUGUUCACCAUAAUUAGUACAGACUGGUUAUACAUGCUAAUAAUUCAUCACGCCAGUGGAUUAUUUGCAGUCUGUGGACACCGAGUUCAAAAAGCAACUGUAAAUCCAAACAACUCUACUGGUACAGCUGUUUCUGAGAAUUACACGUAUGAAAAGAUCCGGAAUUGUGCGGUAAUGCACAGUGAAGCCAUACUAUUUUACAAUAUAUUGAACGGAAGCAGUCAAGGUAGUUACUUAAUUCAGGUUGGAUUGAAUAUGUUGGGAAUAAGCGUGACAGCUGUCCAAAUAAUAGUAAACUUAGAUAGACCGGAGGAAGCAAUGCGAAGUGUUGCAUUUUGUGGGGCUAGUCAAUUUCAUUUGUUUCUACUCAGCUUACCUGGCCAGGUUCUCCUGGAUCAUUGCUCUGAUUUAGCAGAUAAUAUUUACAGCUCCACAUGGUACGGAACACCCGUGCAGAUUCAAAAAGUAAUAUACGUGAUGCAAAUAAGAUGCAAAAGAUUUUGUUCAUUGACGGCAGGUGGAUUGUACGAAAUGAAUAUAGAAAACUUCGGAGUAACUUUCAAAACUUGCAUGUCCUACAUUACAAUGUUGAUGUCUCUGAAGGACUGAACCUGCAUUACUAGUCAAAUGUAAUAUCAUCCACCGUUUAUUAUACACAGUUUUACCAAUCGUACAACUAAUAUAAUAGAUAGCUGACAUGUAAUACUGAACAUAUUGGAUGACUUUGGCAAAUAAAGAUAUAAAAACAUCCCUCAGAUAAAGUAUUAAUAUUUUUUUAUAGAAAUCAUACCUAAGUAACACACAUUCCGCACUAUUUCACAGAAUUCAUUUCCUAUAUUACUUCAAGCAUCAUUAUACGACUUUAGAUACAUGAAAUUGGUGAUAGUAUAAAGAUAACGCAAUCCUAUUGUUACAAUAUUCGCGUGUUGUGAACAGUGAUAAGCUUGUCAGUAGAGAAUCUUCAAUCGAAUGUCAGAGGAA